CAAUUUCGGGCUAGGGGGAAGGGGGACUAUCCGGAUACCUCUGUGGAUCCAACUCACUGCAAGCUCACUCGCACAGCCUCGCACUCUCUGCCUUGUCGGUGCCCGUAGCAACAAGACCCUCGUUUGCACCGCCCCGCGCUUGCGCGCCGCCGCUCUGCCUUGUCCCUCGCGGCGCCCCGUAGCCGCGCGCCCAGCACGGCCCGCCGGCGCCAAGAUGGCGGCGCUGACGAACGGGGAGCGAAGCCGUCUAAGCUGAGGCCCGAGUUCUUGGAGGCGGGCGCCGGGCGGCCGGAAGCCCGGCCUGUGGCCGCACCGGCUGCGGGUCGCUGGGACAUGGUGCGCGCAGAGCCGCGCCGCUGCCAUCGCUGUCGCUGAGUUCGCCGGCCUCGCCGGGCUCUUAAGUCAGAGCGGGAAGAUGUUUUCCGCGCUCAAGAAGCUGGUGGGGUCGGAGCAGGCUCCGGGCCGCGACAAGAACAUCCCCGCCGGACUGCAAUCCAUGAACCAAGCACUGCAGAGACGCUUCGCCAAGGGGGUGCAGUACAACAUGAAAAUAGUGAUCCGAGGAGACAGGAACACGGGCAAGACGGCACUGUGGCACCGACUGCAGGGCAAGAAGUUCGUAGAGGAGUACAUCCCCACGCAAGAGAUCCAGGUCACCAGCAUCCACUGGAACUACAAAACCACUGAUGAUAUCGUGAAAGUAGAAGUCUGGGAUGUAGUUGACAAAGGAAAAUGCAAAAAGCGCAGUGAUGGCUUGAAGAUGGAGAAUGACUCCCAUGAGGCAGAAGCUGAGAUGGCACUGGAUGCCGAGUUCCUGGACGUGUACAAGAACUGUAAUGGUGUGGUCAUGAUGUUCGACAUCACCAAGCAGUGGACCUUCAACUACAUCCUGCGGGAGCUCCCCAAGGUGCCCACCCAUGUGCCGGUGUGUGUGCUGGGGAACUACCGAGACAUGGGUGAGCACCGUGUCAUCCUGCCUGACGAUGUGCGCCACUUCAUUGACAACCUGGACAGGCCUCUAGGCUCCUCCUAUUUCCGCUAUGCUGAAUCCUCCAUGAAGAACAGCUUUGGCCUGAAGUACCUUCAUAAGUUCUUCAACAUUCCGUUUCUGCAGCUUCAGAGGGAGACACUGCUGCGGCAGCUGGAAACCAACCAGCUAGACAUCGACGCUACGCUGGAGGAGCUGUCAGUGCAGCAGGAGACUGAGGACCAGAACUAUGACAUCUUCCUGGAGAUGAUGGAGGCACGCAGUCGUGGUCACACAUCCCCACUGGCGGCCAAUGGGCAGAGCCCAUCCUCGGGCUCCCAGUCUCCAGUGGUGCCUCCAAGUGCCAUGUCCACUGGGAGCUCCAGCCCCAGCACGCCCCAGCCAGCCCCAGCAGCACCACUUCAGGCCCCUGCCACCUGCCCCUCACCCCCGUCCCCCCUGGAGGCCCCAGGACCCCCCACCCAGUCUGCCCCACCCCCACGGCGCAGCAUCAUCUCUCGGUUAUUUGGGACCAGCUCGCCAGCUGCCGAGGCCACCCCUUCACCUCCAGAGCCAGGUCCAGCUGCAGAGCUCCCAGCAAAGGUACAGAAUGUGGAGGAUUUUGUUCCUGAAGAUGGCCUUGACCGCAGCUUCUUAGAUGACACAGCCCCUGCAGAGGACGAGAAGGACAUUGGAACCAAGGUCCUACAGGACAGUGACAGUGACAUGGACACCCCAGGAGGAAACCCAAUGGUGGCAGGUUUCCAGGAUGACGUGGACCUGGAUGAUAAGCCACCUGACAGGCCCUUGCUGCCCACGAACCCUGACCCCAGGGGCAGUGUCACUCUCUCCAGUGAGGAAGAAGCAGAGGAGGUUGCAGGGCACCCUACAACCACUGUCCUAUCCCCUCAGAAGAAUUCCAAGCCAGAGACCAAACGGUUCCCCACAAAGGCCUCAAAGCCACACAAGGACCCAGCUCCCAGGGCCACAGAGUCCCUCACGAAGGGCUCCUCUCGAGGGCACAAGGAAAAAAAGGCUGGGCCAGCUGUAUCAUCAGACAGUGACCCCGAGGGGCCCAUCGCUGCCCAGAUGUUGUCCUUUGUCAUGGACGACCCUGACUUUGAAAGCGACUCGGAUACUCAGCAGAAAGUGGGUGAGUUCCCAGUUCGAGAGGACCCCUCCGACAUGUCAGAUGAGGAUGCCAGUCCUGCCCAGCUGUCCUUGCCUGCCAAGCCACCCAUCCCCACUUUCAAACUGAAGAAUGACUCGGAUCUUUUUGGGUUGGGGCUGGAGGCAGGCCCCAAGGAGAGCAGCGAGGAAGAUAAGGAGGGCCAGCCACCCCGCAAGGAAGAGAAAAAAAAGAAGAAGAAGAAGGGCAAAGAGGAGGAAGAAAAAUCCAUGAAGAAGAAGAGCAAGCAUAAGAAAAGCAAAGACAAGGAAGAGAGCAAAGAAGAGAGGCGGCGGCGACCACGCACCAAGGAGAAGAGGGCAGUGGAUGAGCUGGAAGCCUUCUUGGGUGGUGGGGCCCCCAGUGGCCUCCGUGGGGGCGGGGACUAUGAGGAGCUUUAGGGCUGGGCCAGGACCAGUGUGAAGAGGUUGAGGAGGAGCCUGGGAGGACACGUCUACUCUUUGCCAGCUGGGGGCGGGGCCACCCAGCUGAAGGGGACUGCAGGCAGCCGGCCCCAGCGCUUCUCAGGGAUGGGACUGAGGCCAUGGAGGCCCAAGGCCGUUUACAGGGGUGGGUGUUGCCCUCACCCCCCACUGCCUCCUGCUUGCACCCCAGUCUGAUUGCGCUCUCCCAGGGUCUCCACAUAUGGGUGGACUCUGCUUCCUGGUAGCCCAGUGGGGGCACUGGACAGCCAUGCUCUAGGCAUAGGCUGGUGGCUGCACCUCUUCCAGGAGAGGCUGUGCCAGGCACCACAUCGGCUUUGCACCCGUGCUCGGGGUUCAAGCGCUGCCCAGGACCAGGGAGGGCCUCCCCGGUGUCCUGUGGUCUGACACUCCACCCCACCAUAAAAGCUCUCCUGUUUUAUUGCA